AUGUUCGCACCUCAGCUCACCUCUACCUCGUCGAGAGGUUUCUUCGGUCUUGCUGCUCGUCAGAUCCCCAAGACCUCAGUAUUGACAGGAGCUAGAGGACUUUCGACCACGCCCUCCCAGCAGAAGGAUAUCACUCUCCUCCAGGAUAAGAAUGAUGGCUUCGGAUUUGCUAGAUCGAACCCCAGACCUGCAAAGCCAAGGUCCAAGGGCGUCACCGAAAUCAGAGGACCAUACUAUUCGGUAAUGGGGAAGCGGUAUCUGGCGGACGUGCUCGAAACGAUGGGAACACAUGUUGAUGGUCUCAAGUUUGCAGGAGGAUCUUUCUCCCUCUUCCAGGAAAAGCCGUUGAGAGAAUUGAUCGAACUUGCACAUGAGCAUGGUGUUUACGUAUCAACGGGUGGUUGGGCUGAGCACCUCCUCACUCACCCAGACCCAAACAGCGUCUUUGACAAGUACCUCUCAAAAUGCAAGGACUUGGGAUUCGAUGUGAUCGAGUUAUCCUCCGGCUUCCUGUCAUUCCCCGAAGACGACUGGCUUCGUCUCGUCGACAAGGUUCACUCAUACAAGCUGAAAGCUAAGCCUGAGCUGGGUAUUCAGUUCGGCGCUGGUGGUGACACCCCAGCCUCUGGUUUGGAAGCCAUUGGCACCUCUGACCCCAGCAAGCUGGUGAACCUGGGCCAUAAAUUCCUCAACGCUGGCGUUGAGCGCCUGAUGAUCGAGUCCGAGGGCAUCACCGAGAACGUCGACACGUGGCGGACAGAUGUUGUAUCCAAGAUCAUGAAGGAGCUCCCCUCUGAGCGCGUCAUGUUCGAAGCCGCGGAUCCCAAGGUUUACAACUGGUACAUUCGGGAGUUUGGUAUCGAUGUGAACCUGUUCGUCGACCACAGCCAGAUCGUGCAACUCUCAUGUCUUCGUCAUGGUAUCUGGGGAACAGCUGACACCUGGGGCAAGAUCGUUUCCUUCAGACCAGACAAAAUAUCCGGUAUACCUGCCACAUCCGCCAUGCCCCGAGCCAGCACAACGCCUGGAGCACGACUCCGUUGUCGACGAGCCUGCGAUAGCUGUAAGCGAAGGAAACAAAAAUGCAAUGGGGAACAACCGUGUACAAUCUGUGUACAACGUCGCAAAGAGUCAGAAUGCCAUUUCUCGGACAAACCGGCGCGGUUGCUCAAGCCCAGUGGCCCCAAGGAAACGAUGCUGCUUAGCGAACAGAUGGCUCCCACCCCGCAGCGACAGACGGCCAUGGACCAUCUUCUGAACUCGCUUGAGGAUCAUAGCGCGGAUAUGGAACAACAGACAAGAGACGACCGGGAUGGAACUGCUCCCGUGCCAAAGGUUGCCCGAUUGUUGCGCGAUGGUCAAGGCAAAUUCAUGUACAUUGGUGACUCCGCAAGCUUGUCCUUUGUGCAGAGUGUGCGGCGGAUUGUAUCUUCCUCCAUUGGCCGGUGUGAGUUUACGGAAGAUAACUCGCGUCAUUCGAUGCUUGAAGCUUUCCAAAGUAAUCCUAGCAGCCAGCGAGGGUCACUGAUUGACCCUCCUAGCAAUGACGAAGCCCAACGCCUGGCUCGCCAAUACGUGCUCGCCACCAGUCCGUUGCUGGAUUUGUUCGACCUAAACGAGUUCCACCCGCGCCUAGCCAACUGGAUCGAUAAUCCAACUGGCGAUGAAGACACUGUCAGCUCUAUCUUUUUAAUGGUUCUUGCUAUUGGCGCCCAGGUAUCCAAUACCAACCAGACCCAGGCAGAGCGGUACUUUGUUAGCGGUCGUCAGCUCGCAUUCUCCGCCUUUACAGAAACACCUAGUCUCUACACGAUCCAGUCAUAUAUCUUGAUUUCUAUGUACAUGCUGGGCGCUUGCCGGCGCAAUGGCGCGUUCAUGAAUCUCGGCAUUGCGCUACGGGCCGCAUACGCGGUCGGUAUACACCGGAAAGACGCAAAUGCCCUUUUUUGUACUCGGGAGCGACGGGCUCGCGAGCGUGUAUGGAAAAGUCUGCGGAUGAUGGAUCUGUUUCUCAGCGCGUCUUUGGGACGGCCCCCGGCAACGUCUGAUUUCGACUACGACCCUCGCGAGGACGCCUUGACUUCAGGGGAACAACAGCAGCGUUUACCACCAGAAGAGCAACUCUCACUGGCUGUCAUCUCUUUGUCCCGCAUAUUCGAACGCAUUCUCACCGAUGUGUAUAUGAAGCAAGUCAUAUCAAUUAAUGUUGCAGAGACAAUCUCGAAUCAGCAUCGUGUUUGGGUUCGAAGCUUGCCUGGUUUCCUCAAAACACAGACGGAGCAACUCGACACCAAAACUCUGGAGGGCAGCUUAUCUGCCGCCCAUGUGCUCGCUUCGUACUACUGGUCAAUCAUUCUUUUAACCCGGCCGUUUCUCAUAUAUCGCGUGUCUCAAUAUGUAAAAACCAAAAGUGAAUCGCCCAAUUCUUCAGACUCCCAGGCUGGUGGUUCCCGUAUCGCCCUCUUUGCCGAUGCAUGUGUCUAUUCGGCACUACGAGGCCUCGACAUUGCCAACGAUCUCUCUCGCUAUUCUUCCCUGCCCAAGAGAUUGCCCUUUUUGAUGAACUCCGUCUUCAAUUCUGCUGUCGUCCUCGGAGCAGCCUUCUUCGCCGACUAUGACAAUCUUCUCCCACUGGAAGAUGGCAUGAUGAAAGCCGAAAAAUUCCUCGAAAUUUUCGUCCCCCACGAUCCGCAUGCAUGCCGCUUUUUUCAAAUCAUCAAAUACCUACGUACCGCGGUAGCAGAGUUCGUCCGCCGACGAAAUCGCCAAUGGAUGGAACGUCGCAGUAGACAAGUCGACCAACUCUUCGGCGACGUCGGACUAAACAAUAACAACAAUCACCGCAAUAAUCCCAAUCCUUCAACUUUUUCAACUUCAAACAAUGAAAUACCCCCCAAUCGCAACGGCGCCCACACGGUCCCAUCCCCUCUUUCCCCAGAGAAGCUCACCCCUCGAGACUCUACCCUCCCUACUCAACCCUCUGACCCCAUCGCAACUGCCCCUACUGCUACACCCACUACUGCCACCACCAUUCCUGCCCAACCUGGCACUGACGUCUGGGACACUCUUUAUGGUAGCACCGCUGGCGCCCCAACUCUCCCAUACGAAGCCAGUGCCAUCUCGGCCCUAACCACAACAGGCAUCCCCGUCGGCUGUUCGCCUGGAGGCACCAUUCCCUCUGGCCAACUGGGUGACAGGACGGGGAUGGCAGGCCCAGAGGUUCGAGGCCAGACACCACUUUCCGAUGUGAUUUUUCCAGAUAAUGGCCUUCUCUACAUGGCUGAAGAUCUGCCGGUUUUUGGUAUUUGGGAGGAUGCGUAA